GAUAGGGGGAUACUUGCAGGUUACCGUCUAUGAAAAAACAAACAUAUUACAGAUGUGUGUGUGGGGGCCUUCCCCUGAGGUUUUAUUCUCUGGGUGUCGGGUUUAAGCGGAUGUAAUACUCCUCGGUUACAGCCUGAGAACAACCUGUUGACUGUAGCGAGGAAACGUCCAUUCAGGAAAGGAGAAACCUGUGCGAAGUAAAAGAGGCCGUCGAAAGUGUAAUGACAUGGAAUGAGCCAACGUUAUUACAAGUGUCCUUAAGCUCCUCUGAACGCUCUCUCCUCCUCUUUUACUGUUUGCAAGUUUUGCAAAGUCCUUUUAAUUCGGCUGGCCGUGCACAGGGAUCGGUUUCCAGGCGGUUACAACAUGGACACAAAUAGAAAACAGAGUGCGAGGGCGAGAGAGGACAACAGGUUAGAGGUAAAAAAACAGAGGGCACAACAACCCGGAGGUGGUGUUUUAAUGUAUGAAGACCAGUUGACAGAAGCACAAGAAGAGGAAGUACAAGUACAACAAAUCUUACAGGGGUCAGAAGAGAUUCAACAGUCAAUAGAAAUGUGCUUAAAGCUUUCUUUAAACAUGACACUGGUAGUUGUAGGAGGCUGCAAUCGGAUGUCUCAUUAAUAGACAAUACAUUUGUUUCUUUCGAGCAAUGCGGCUGGAGAUCAUUUCGGAGAAUUCUCACUUGAGAUCUCGCAAAAAAACACUGAGCAUUGUUUAUUCACAGUCCAGUUUCUCUCCCACAGGGUGUUCGGCACCAGGCCCUGGUCUUGUCUGCGUCGGCUUGUUGUUGGGUGAGGGUGCACCGUGCAGCUCCCCGCCAUGUGGUGGCAUUUGAGCAGCGAGCGCACUCUCCUAGAAUAGAUUCUGUAUCAGCACAUCGCAUCACUGGCCCGUCACCUCCUGGCACAAAUCAUCUGCCUCCAAAACCAGUGUUUUAGCGCGUGCGCCGGUGGGGGCUCGCUUCACACCCACACUAUGCGGCCGUUGAGCCGAGGCAUCAAGACGUGGCGUGUUUAUUUCUUCCCGUUGGUCUCGUUAGCCCGGCCUUGGUCGCCCACAGGAACCAGUCAAAUCUUGAGAAACGGCAUCCGCGGCUGCUGAAGGGCGCACACGGGGGGAACGUCUGCACGUCCUACAUGCAACGAGCCACAGUGACACAGACUACUUUGCAUAGAACCACACGGAGCUUUUUUUCUGCUGAGUAUAAAAAAAACGUUGAAUGUCGACGAGCUGUGUGCAGUCGAGAUAACAGAAAAAGAAGAACAAGAGGAGCCGAUGCAUUAGGAAGAUUAGCACGCUCUUGUUGCAGUUGUUUGAGCGUGGGAGAUUUAAGGGGAAUUAAUGACGAGCGGGCAGAAAAAAACCCAACCCAAAAACGUUUGAUGUUUGAGAUUGUUCACGUCUAUUCGUGUCGGAUGGAAAGAGGAGGGAAGUUCAUUUGACUUUCAAGUGAAAGACUUUUUCUAGACAAAACAAUAUUCCAAUAUUAGUAUCGGUUUAAUUGUUCUAACUUCGCAAUUUUAUCGUCGCAAGUUAUCUCGUUACCACAUGCUCGUCACCUAUAUUUGUCGUUCGGCCGCAGCUAAAAAAGGCCCCUUUGCAGCUCAACAAAUAAUCGUACCCUGCACACAACAAAAACGCCGCUUAUGAGUAGAGACCCAAACAGCGCUCAAAGGGGAGCCAAAACAGGACCUGCUAAGGUUGUUCCAAACCGCUGAUUAUAUCUUAAAAAGAUUACAUUACUAAUAGUAAUAUGUCGGUGUUUCAUAUGACGACUUAUAAAGGUGGAGUUCAUAUUUCCUCCGAGUUGUACUUGUAUAUAGUCUCAUAAAAUAGCUACUACAGUUAUUUGCUAAGUGCCCUGAGAUUGUCCUUUUCGAUGCAUUUCCUGUCGUAAUGCAGUAUUAGUUUGCAGGUUUUAAUGGACUUUAACCUGACUGCUGAUCAAGUGACCCCCCGUGUUGUAGGAACGCUGUGCCGAGGAAAGUUGAGCUACAGUUUGAAUGUCAUCGGCGGGGAUUGGCUUCACCCCAGAAGUGACAGCAGUAACUUUUUACUUUAUGGAUUUGUCCUUUCGCAUCAGCUCUGAUCGGACAGAACGAUGCAGCUAUUUUGUGUAUGUUCCCGACAAAAUAAUUCACACGGAAGUGUGCAUUUUUUAGGAAAUCUAUAGAUCUGGCGAGUAAUGAAAAUAUAUCAACAGCAUGCAGCAUACACUGCGGGCAAGGUGACGUGUUCAAAGAACUUAUUAUCUUACUACCGGCAGAUGCCUCAACACUGUGCAACACCUCAGUCGCAGCUCUGCGCUUUGUUGCAGCGGUUCAGGAUGUGAGCUAAAAGAGGCCUCUACACCGAAAAUGUUUACAGGUGUCUUUUGUUUUUAUUACUUUAAAGCUUGCUCCUCAAACCUGAAUGCUUCUCCUAAAAGUGCAAAUGCUAGUUAGCUGGAGGAGUUUAAACUUACGUGUGAAUGAGAUGUGACGGAUGCAGCGGUGUGUGUGUGUGUGUGUGUGUGUGUGUGUGUGUGUGUGUGCCAUUUAAUCAAAUACGGAACAGGAAGCUGCUGGUGUGUCUGCGCUGUGGUUUCUUAGUGUGUUCAUCUUUGUGCGUGCCCCUUUUCACAGUAGUGUGUCGCAUAAGCAAAGGUUAUCUUCUCACACACGACCACAGAUUAGUAAUUCUGCUCAUCAGCAGGGAACGGUGGAUGAAAACCUGUAGAGAGCAAUAUGUAUCACUUCCUUUCAUAGCAGAUAGCUUUCUUCAUUGUUUGGUGGACUUGCACCGAGGUUGUGAGUGAUGUUCGUGCCUCUGAGGCUCUGUGGUCGGGAGCUGAGUUCUCCAGCUGAAGCUGCAGCAGAGGAGGUCGAGGGAAGAGUUGGUCAACCAGGGGAUCAUGCCACCGCUGAAAAGUUCCGCUGCCUUCCACGAGCAGAGACGCAGCUUGGAACGAGCUCGGACUGAGGACUAUCUGAAGAGGAAGAUCAGGGCUCGACCAAAGCGAUCGGAACUGAUCAGGAUGCACAUCCUGGAGGAGACGUCAGCGGAGCCCUCUCUUCAGGCCACGCAGCUGCAGCUGAAGAGAGCUCGCAUUGCCGAUGAUCUGAACGACAAGAUCUCCCACAGGCCGGGCCCCAUGGAGCUGAUCCACAAAAACAUCCUACCUGUUCACUCGAGCAUGAAGCGGGUCAUCAUAGAGACACGGUUUCCUAAAGCUUCGGGUGAUACCUCGUCGUGUGAUGAGGACAGCAAUUACAGUUUGUCUCCAGAAGGGCCGGGGUACCUGGACUCUCCUCUUGGCCUGCUGCCUUCGCCGUCCCCAGCGGAGACGCUGGCAUGCGGCAGCAUCCCAUCUCCCUCACAGGUGUCUCCUCCUGCUCCGGCUCUCGCACCAAUCUCGUUCAAUUUGACCGGUGGGACUGCAGCGUCGUCCGCCCAGAGGACGGGAGCGACUUCACAGAUGAAGCCUAAAACAAACUCUGACCGCUCCGCACCAAGACUGAAGAAACCUAAGGACAACAAGCCAAAGAUUAAAAAGCUAAAGUACCAUCAGUACAUCCCCCCUGACCAGAAGGGAGAUGUAGAACCUCCUCCCCAUCUGGACUCUUCUUAUGCCAAAAUCCUCCAUCAGCAGCAGCUCUUCCUGCAGCUCCAGAUCCUCAGUCAGCAGCAGCAGCACUACAACUACCACGCCAUCCUGCCUGCGCCCCCCAAAGCUCAGACAGAUCAGCAGCCAUCUUCCUCUUCUUCUUCCUCCUUCAAUUCCACGACUUCCUCCUCCCCUCCUCGGGCUGGCGCUGCCUCGUCAAAAGUCCCCUCUUACCACGGCGGAAACAUCUGCCAGAGUUCUGCUGCUCCACGUGGGACUAAGCCAGUGUCUCUACCUCCAAACCUGGAUGAAAUGAAGGUGGCGGAGUUGAAAUCUGAGCUGAAGCUGCGCAGCUUGCCAGUCUCCGGCACCAAAAACGACCUCAUCGAGAGGCUGAGGACCUACCAGGAGCUAAACGGGGGCAGCGACAGCACCUCCUCUCCAACAGCAGGGGGCACCACGGAGCCAGGGGCCGAGGGAGCAGCGAAGCCCUCCAGAAAUGCUGCUGCAACCACCAACAACACGUCACAACCACAGCAACAGUUUCAGUGCCUUCAGACAUCUUCUCCGACCGGAAGCAGCGCAGCCGCUCCUCGGCAGCUCACGAUGACCUGCGGCGGCACCACGUCCCCCCCGACAGCCUCGCUCACACUCUCCGAACGCUCGCCGGGCGCCACGAGCCCAGAAAGUACCGGCUUCAGCGGCGGCGCCUUGGAGGAAAUGAUGAGUGCCCGACUCCCCCAGGCGAUCCUCCAGCCAUGUUCAGCUGCUCGCCUCACCACCAGCGUUAAGGAGGAGUCGAAUGGUUCCGACCAAGCGCCAUGUCAAUUUUCUUCAAAGCAGGCCUCCCGGGAGAACCGCUGCCUGGUCUCAUCAACGGCCGUCACUAUGACAACCACAGCUCCGGUGGGGCCCGUGGACAAGGACAGGAUGCUGCGAGAGAAAGACAAGCGGAUAGCGGAGUUGACCCGGAUGCUGAGGCAGAAACAGAGGCUGGUGGAGGUGCUGAGGAUGCAGCUGGAGCACGGGAGCCGAGGACGACCAGAGCCGCUGGUUCUUGUGAGGGUUAAACACGAGCCUCCCGACAGACCCGGUGUCCCUCUGUCAUUUGGCCAGCAGCCACUCGCCCCCGCGCCAUCACCCGCUUCGUGUGAGAUGGACGCCGACAAGGUCGCGGUCAAACAGGAAGCCGUUGAGGCAGAGGAAGACGCGUGUGAGACGGCGACGCAAUUACCAGAAGUCCCUGGAUCACUGCGGCCUUUGGCACAAACUCGCCUCCAAGUCCAGCCAGAGCAGACGAGCGCACAGACAAGCCAACGACACGUUCGCCUGCAGCAAACCUCUGUGCAGCUUUUACUGCAGCAGCAACGCAGCUUUCAGAACGAGCAGAAGGUCAACCAGAGCCCCAGUCACACCCAGGAAAACCUGCAGAAGCUUUCUCAGCAGAGGAAGAAGAAGUCUCACAAACAGCAUCUCAAACAACUGCAGCUGCAGCAGCAGCCUCCGCACCUCCACCAGCAGUCACAGCAGCACAACCAGCUGAAGCAACAGAUUGUGCUGAAGCAGCAGAAGUCGUUUUUACAGCAGCAGCAGCAGACGAAACAACUGCAGGAAAUCCAGAUCCAGACAAAGAUCCAGCUGAAGCAACAACAAGUGCUAAUACAGCAGAAACAGCAGGCGCAGCAGCAGGUGACCCAAGCGUCCUUCAACCAGCAGUCAGACUCAGCACCUUCUUUCCCACUGGACCUCAUCAAGAGCCACUCCACCCCGACUCUGGUCACCGACAGCAACGGCAACCACUUCCUGGUUGCACUGACCAGUCACCUCACCGACAACCAACGGACUGAUGCGCCUGGGAGCAAAGCAGCCGAUCAAAACGCACUGCAGCAACCACGCUCUGUUCCCGCCAGGCUGCCUGACCACAUCCCGUUUAAUCAAACCAAACACAGUAUGCACAAGGGACCUUUAACACAACAGGAGGCAACGCGUCAGAGCGGGGGACUUCCGGUGUCUCGGCCUCAGCGGGACGGUGCUCUGUGUUCAUCAGCCCCUCCCUGUCUGCGGCCUUUCUUUGAGGACCACCAGGACGCCGUCCCCUCUUCGCCGUCCUCUCCAACUGAGCUGUGUCCCAGUCUAGAUGACUUGUUUAGUCCUCUGUCUGCAGCUUCCAGCGAGACGGCUGCCUCCUCGGCCGAUGACAAGGAUACAGAGCAGGAAGAGGAUUUUAUUGACAUCAUUUUGCAGACCGGAGAAAUGUCAACAUCUUUCAACCCAACACCAGACCCUUCUCACGACCGUCCAAAUCCACCAUCCUCUUCCUCUUCUCCUCGCCCCUCCCCAUUCCAGCGCAUGCUAUUCCCCCCAAUUCCUUCUUUUUGUGACGCGCCACAGUCGGCUUCCUCGCUGGAGUCUGAUCUCCAGACGGACACCGUGAGUGAGAAACAGCACCUCAGUAGGGCUGAGAGUGGACGUCUCGAGGACUUUCUCGAGAGCACCACCGGUAAGCCUCUUUUGGGGGUGGAGCCCGGGGGCUUGUUGACUUUGAUUGAUGACCUCCACAGUCAAAUGCUGUGCACGCCCAGCAUCCUGGACCAUGUCUUGUCUCCCAUGGAUACCUUCGACCUCGCAACGGAGGCGGAGCCUGGGUUGGACGGUAUGGACUGGUUGGACCUCACCAUGGGAGGAGAGAGGGGAGAGGAAGCCUCCAUUCUGGCCCCACUGGGCCCCCAAACACCCACUAGUGUCUUUUCCACAGACUUCCUGGACAGCUCCGACCUGCCGAUACACUGGGACUCCUGCCUAUAGCCGAUAGGAGCAGUCCUUAAACAAACACGGCGCUCGGCUUCACUCGCUCACACUGUGACACGUGCACAAGGGAACAUUCGUCUUGUCACACACUGCUGUCGUGAAUCUUAAAGCACUUCAAUUAUUUAUUUAAUUUACGCACUGGUGUGCUGAUUUGUGCGCAGACACUUGUUAGGCAGGUCCUAUAUCUGUUCCAGUUUGUGUCAACACAUUAGCGGGACCGCUGUGCAUCUUGGACCAGACUAAUGAUAAGACGCUCUUAACUGAGCCGUGAACCCGUCGCUCAGAAAUAAAUGAAUCUCAUUAUUCUUAACACCAUGAUUUCGUGAAUGCCAAUCAGUUGGACCUUUAUUUAAUUAGGAGAAAAAAUCGCCUUUGUCGCCUAAUCAAGAGUUUACCAUUAGAGGCAAUAAAUGAAGUUCUGAGGAAAGACGAUAACUUUCUAUCAACAUGCGUUUAUGAGUUUAUAGGAUUCACUUUGGUGCUAUAAUUUUAAAAGAUGUGAUUCUGGAUCUCAUGUUUUUUGAUUCAAGCAUUGUUAAAGUUGCCGCGUCCAUGUUUUAAAAAUAAUGUUGUGCAGGUUACUGCAUUUGAUGCGUUACUACAAUUUGCUUCAUAUUUACUAUUAUUGACCCACAGCUUACAUACGUACAGCAGGCUGCUGUGAAACCAUUCGUUCAUAUUGACAACAGCGAAAGUUAAAUUCAACAUGAGGCACUUGUAGGUAAAAAGAGUAGUGUUUCUGAGCACGACCGCACUGAUCGCCUCGUGACGUAAAAACCUUCCCUGCUCCCUUUAAAAAAACACUUUGUAUUUUACCGCAGUGUGUGGUGUGCCAGGCUCUGCCCUGGUUCUGGUUCUCCCGUCCCUCUCCUCCCUCCUGCGGGGCCAAGCGAUUUGGCUCGGGGCUCCGGCAGCGCGGCGCGUGUGCCGACUCAGGGGAAGCGGCUGGUGAGCUCCAGGCCCGGCUGCCGCAAUCAAACCCUGCAGUUUCCUCAUAUCGCCCCCCCCGCCCCACCCCCCUCGCAGUAGAACUUCCCGCCAAGGUCGAUAUACAGGUCACAAGGUGAACGACACUCACAACCCACAACUUUGUCAUUGGCUGAUCCCAUCUGGACCAGCAGGGAGCGGCGGAGCGUCGGGGGCAAACUCCGUUGGCGGAGCAGCUGCCGCCGGGUUGCGCGGCGUCACGUGACGACCAGGCUGGCAACAGAAUCCAAUCCCAUUCGCUGCGUUGUGGACCAAGCUGCCGCUGCAACGGGAGAGCCUGGCAAUUCCGAAGGUUCCAGUAACGCUGACCUCACGACAGCCAAUCAGGUUGCAGCAAAGGCCACUGCAGCCACUAAAUGCUAAAACAAGACUAAUGACAAUUGCGGUCAAGUAUCAGGUAAAGAAACUAUAACUUUUUCAGUCAAUGGUUUUCGCUCAGCUGCGUUCAGAGCCGGAGUAACGUCAUGUCACGUUUGCGUACAAGCGGUGUGUUGAGUAACACCUUUUUGUGGUAACUUUGGACACGUUUGUCUCGGUAGCUGCCGUCGUGUUUCUUUCCCUUUCAAUUUGCACUUUUUUCUUUUUUUUUUUGCAUGUUUACACGCACACUAUUAAAGGAAAGGAGAAGUCCUGGAGUUUAAUAAAUUGUCCGCAAAGGCCUUAUUCAUAAUGAUUUUAAAGUUAUUUAGUUGUUGCUCUCAGUGAUGAUAUGUGACAAUCCUGUACUGUAUCAGUGCCAAUAUGGGCCUAUUUACGUCCUUUUUCUCUUUGAGAUAUUAGAAUGCUCUAAUACACAAGUUUAGACACUUAAACUGUUAUGAGAUGCAUUUAUUUUGUCUUUAUAAAAUUCUCUUGCUCUCUGAGGAACACUCUGUUAAUACAGCGUUGUGUUUACUGUGACAAAUGUCUGUAUUGUGAAUCCCAAACCUUGGGGAAAUACUGCAAAAAGUAACACAAGUUCAUUUUGGAUUCACUACAUCUUUUGAAUUAAUCAUUUUACCCGUCUUUAUUCACCAGAUACAAACUACCCCAUGCUUUAGGUUUUGCUGAUUGUCUUUUCAAUCGAGCUGGUUAAAGAAUAGUCCUGUCUUUAAACAAAACUCAGGUGACUCAUUUUUGUCGUUGUUGUUGAUCCGUCCCCCUCCUCAAACACGGCAUUCAUAAUGCGCUUUGAAACUGUGAACCUGCGCCUAAUAAAUUCUUGGGCCGUUGCGCAACAACACUCUUAUGAGUUAUGUGGUACGAAUGCAACAACAAAUGAUGUAUUGUUAAGAUUGUUAUAAUAUUCAAAAUGUUUAGUGCACUAUCCAGUAUGGAGUUGGGUAUCGUUAGCCAAACCUCUGCUAAAUACCAGAUGUAAUUAUGUGCGUGAUUCACGCAUCUCUUAUGUGGGAUUCUGUUCUUUUGAAGGAAUGUAAAGUGCCUUGCAUGAUGUAGCAAAUCCAACUCACUCCAACUUAUGUGGUCUUUCAAAUAAGAAUAAAGUCUAUUCACAGCUGUA